AUGAAAAGUAUUCCAUACGAUGGCGAUCUCGAGAUGAGUGAAGAACAGGAUGAAACCAAUGUGUCUGUAACGAUGCCUAGAGAAACCAUGGAAGACUCUAGGUUUUGUAAGAUUUGCUACUCAUUAAGAAACCCAAUAAAUAUGAAGGACGACUUAAUUUCUCCUUGCAAUUGCAAAGGAUCCAUCGGGCUUGUCCACGGGGUGUGUCUGAAGAUGUGGAGAUACAGAGGUAAAAGAAUCAAGGACAUAAGAAAGUGUGAGCAAUGCUCUUCAUUCUAUAAGCUGGACAACGAAGUAGUCCCCCACAGGAUUGUUGUCUCGCUUGCAACUAUCGGUGUCUUAGUCCUAAUAUACCUGGUGUCGACCAUCUUGUUUAAGUCGCUGGUCGAUGCAUUUGCCAUAAUAAUAAGAGACUUCUUCUUUACAGAUGGCCAUGGAUUGGUAGACCUUGAGAUGGGAAGAGGCCGAGGCCUUGACUAUGUUUUUUUUCAAAAGCAAUCUUUCACAGAAUACAAAUUUAUUGAGACAAAUGGAUUUAUAUAUCUUUUUAUCACAGUUAUGCUCUACCAGAUCUUUUCAAGACUAAGUUUCUUUUCGAUAUUCAACUACAUGUUCACAUUUUGGAGGCUAAACCAAUUUGACUUCGCAGUAGACAAGAUUCUCUUUGGAUUUAUGUCUAUGUAUUACAUGAAGAAGGCAUACAACGACAUCUACAGUAGGGUUGACUCCGGGCUUAUCUUCUUUCUGAACUAUAAAUAG